AUGGACCGCUACAGCAACCUCGAGGUCCACUACAACCAGGACCCGAACAACGCCGCCAACCCACAAUCACAACAUCCGUCCCCGGAUCACUCGAGCUUCCCAGAGGUCGUGCCGGCGGCGGACCAGCAUAAGGAGGCGGCCGUGACUCCGGACCCCCAGGGUCAGUCCCAGAAGGAGUAUAUACCAGCGGCGAACCUCGCGCCCGAGGUCGUCGCUUCACAUCAACAUCAAUACUAUAAUUCAGUCCCCCAAAAUGAAGCCGCCUGGCAAAACACAGAUGGCCACGCGGCAGCAGCCGCACCGGAGCGGAGGAUAUGUGGCCUACGGCGGCGUACUUUCUUCAUAGCACUCGCCGUCGCCAUCGUGGUCGUCAUCGGCGUCGUCGUAGGAGCCGUGGCCGGGGUCCUGACCUCGCGGCAGAAGUCCGCCUCGGGACCGGACAACCCCGACUCGCCCCCGUCGUCCACAAACGUGAACGUGAUGGACGUGUCGUCGCUGACGGCGUCCAACUGGACCGACUCCAAGGGGUUCACGCACCGGGCCGUCUUCUUCCAGGACCCGGCCAACGCGCUGAUCGGGCGGCGGUGGGACUCGCAGAACCGGACGUGGGCGACGACCAACGUGACGGCCGUCAUGGCCAACUCGGCGACGCACCUGGACCCGGCGCCCGGGACGGCGCUGGCGAGCGCCGCGCUCGACUGGCCCAACGCGUACCAGGUGCGCGUGCACUUCCUGGACCGGUCGGACCUGGUGCGCACGACCUUCGCCGACGACCCCGUCAACUGGCCCGACCGCUGGAAGAACGACACCAUGAAGGACGCCAAGCUGCAGACGAUCCACGCGUCGCGGCUGGCGGCGGCCUGGGAGCGCUGCGCCGACAAGAACUGCGUCGGCGUGUGGACCGUGGCGUACCAGGGUCCCAAGGGCGCCAUCAACGUCGCCAACUACACCGACUGGACGACGUCGACCGUCGUGCUCGACUCCAACGUGGUCACGGGCAACACGGCGCUGGCGCUGGUGCCGCAGUACCGGGGCACGCAGGACAACAUGGGCCUGCUCAGCCAGAGCUACAGCUCGGGGACGAUGGGGAGUCUGCAGGUCACGGCGUAUGACAACAAGACGUGGACCAAGAAGACGGCCGAGAUCAUCCCGGACCUCCCGCUCCCGGCCGAGUCGCAGCACGUGGCCGUGACGAAGUGGGGGAGUUGGUCCAAGACGCUGUCGUACACGUCGAUGGCGGACGGGACGGUGAAGGGGAGCUGGUGGGACGGCCCUCAAGGGUCUACGGUGAACGCACUGUCGAGUAUCCGGUUCGACGGGGGCCCGGCGACGGCCAACUUCAGCGCCAUAGCGGCUACCCUGGAUGCCAUGUUUUACGGCAUUAUGGGCGACGAGGUACACGAGUAUUCGGUGGAUAGCUCGGAUGCGGCGACGUUGCAUUAUGUUGGGAGGGUGUACCCCUAG